AUGGUAAUAGUGGUUGGAGAUGUCCAGCUUGUCAGAAUGCUUCUACGCAAGUUCCUAAAACUUACACUUGUUUCUGUGGUAAGGUGCACAAUCCUGAAUGGAAUAGAAAUGAAAUCCCACAUAGCUGUGGGGAACUCUGUGGGAAGAAGAGACAGUGUUUGGACUGUCCACAUCUUUGUAACAUUCUGUGCCAUCCAGGACCUUGCCCUUCGUGCCCAGCCUUUGUGACAAAAACAUGUGAAUGUGGACAAACAAGCCAUUCAGUUCGCUGUGGCCAAUCAACAAAAAUUCAUUGUUCUAAUGUGUGUGGAAACACUUUAAACUGUGGUAAGCACAGCUGUACUCAAGUGUGCCAUGCAGGAAAGUGUUCACCUUGCCAGUUAACAGUGCAGCAGGUGUGUUACUGUGGAAGCACCUUUAAAGAAGUAUUGUGUGGGACAAAGGAAGAAUUCUCUGAUGGAUUUGGGAAUUUCUCUUGUCAAAAUAUAUGUGGCAAAAAAUUAAAUUGUGGGAGACACAACUGUACACAAGUAUGCCAUCCUCAGCCUUGCCAGCUCUGUCCACGACUUCCACAAGUAGUGUAUCGCUGCCCCUGUGGUCAGACUCCUCUCAGCAAGUUACUGGAACUAGGAUGUGUUGAACGCAAAAUAUGCACAGACCCUAUCCCAUCGUGUGGAAAAACAUGUGGCAAACCUCUUUCUUGUGGUAGCUAUGAGUUCAUUCAUACGUGUGAAAGCCUUUGCCAUGAGGGAGACUGUAGACCAUGUUCACACACAUCAAAUAUUUAUUGUAGGUGUGGCUUCAAAAAAAAGGAAGUCCCGUGCGCUCUCCUCAGAAAUAAAGCUGCUAUUACAUUCAUGUGUGACAAACGAUGCAACAAGAAAAGAUCAUGUGGACGACACAAGUGCAAUGAAGUUUGCUGUGUGGACACAGAACAUAAGUGUUCUUUGGUUUGUGGUCGUAAACUCAACUGUGGGCUUCACAGAUGUGAAGAACCUUGUCAUCGGGGCAGUUGUCAAACGUGCUGGCAAACAAGUUUUGACGAGUUAACUUGUUAUUGUGGUGAAUCUGUGAUUUACCCCCCAGUCCCCUGUGGCACUCAGCCACCAGAGUGUAAAAAAACGUGCACCAGGCCACAUGAUUGUGAUCACCCAGUGUACCAUUCCUGUCACAGUGAGGAGAAAUGUCCACCCUGUACCUAUCUCACUCAGAAAUGGUGUAUGGGCAAGCAUGAGCUGCGAAGUAAUAUUCCUUGUCAUCUCACUGACAUUUCCUGUGGACUUCGCUGCAAUCAGAUGUUAAAAUGUGGAAUGCACAAAUGUAAAAGAAUCUGUCAUAAAGGAGAAUGCCUUAUAGAUGAAGAGUGUAAACAGCCAUGCGUUAUUCCAAGGCUGUAUUGUAAUCAUCCCUGUAUGGCUCCAUGUCAUCCUUCUUCACCCUGCCCGACAACAUCCUGCUGUGCGAAGGUCGAUCUUCAAUGUGAAUGUGGAAGGAGAAAGGAGAGUAUGAUUUGCUCAGAAGCAUCUAACACGUAUCAAAGAAUAGCUGCUAUAUCUAUAGCCACUAAGUUAACAGAUCUGCAGCUUGGGGAUUCAGUGGAAAUCAGUAGGCUUAUUACGAAAAAAGAGAUGAAGCAGGCCAGGUUGCAAUGUGAUGAAGAAUGCUUAGCUCUUCAGAGGAACAGGCGUCUUGCAGAGGCUCUUGAAAUAGAUGACAACUCUGAUCCUUUUAACAUCCGUUCUUCUGGACCAAAGUACAGUGACCUUUUGAAAGAAGAUGCUAGGAAGGAUUUAAAAUUUGUCAGUGACAUUGAGAAGGAAAUGCGAAUGCUCGUGGAAGCCGUGAAUAAGGGCAAGCAUACAAAGAAGAGCCAUUGUUACCCACCGAUGAACAGAGACCACCGCAGAAUCAUCCACGAAUUAGCUCAGGUUUAUGGCAUUGAAAGUGUGAGCUACGACAACGAACCAAAGCGUAACGUUGUUAUCACCGCCGUGAAAGGGAAAUCCAUUUGUCCAAGCAAUACCUUAACUUCUGUGCUGGAUAAAGAAAUGCAGAGCAGGCCUCCACCUCCUAUUCCUCAUUACAAACAAACAGAUAAGAGUGGUGGAAACAGUGGUUUAUCCAAACCAUUAAAAGAAGAGCCAGUAAUUGACUACUUUGAUGUCCAGGACUGAAGCGAUUGGUGUACAAU